CAUCAUCAGCCGAUCCCCGACGGUCGGUGCAUGUCAUGCAAAAAAAAACUAGCCAUUUUUUCGCCUCCGAAACUCUGUAGCAAGGAUUGGUCGCGGGCAGCAGCGAAGAAUCGCAUGUUCCUCCAUUUCGCCUGCCCGUUUCUUGGCCUUUUCAUUUGCUUUCUCGAGUUGCCAUUUUCUGAAACUGAGAGCCGGCCGGCCUGGCGGGCAAUAUUGUCGGCAGCCGGCUGCUUCAUUGCCAUGUGCGGUUGGUUCUUGAUCCCCAUUCCCCAUGCGUAUAUCUGUAGUCGCACAGCUUAUUCAGGCACCUUCGAAUUCAAUUCAUGGGGGGAAAUGAAAAGAAAAGGCAAGAAAGACAAGGCAAAACAAGGACCCAAUAUGAACUGCUGUUUCUGAAUUGAAUUCCAUGACUGCACAGAAUUGCUUGCCAAGGGAAGGGACUAUCUAGUAGGCCACUAGGCAGGGAGGCAGAAGCUUCCCGGUUGCAAGGACAUCUGCUGGCCUUGUCCUGGUAAAUGGAUAGACGCGUAUGAAUCGGUGGAAUUGGAAUUGACUGGGGUGAAGAAGGGGAGACGCUGCUUCUGGCAGGGCAUUCCGUUCCAAUCCCAGCAGCAGCCUUGCCCUGUUUUUUCCACAGCGUCCCUGUCUGUACCUUUUGCACGCAUCCCCCCCGUGCUUUCGCAGAUACACGCUUCCACCCUUCCUUCCAGUCCGGAUGAUGGAUUCCUCCCCGAAGCGGAGGGGACAGGCAGACAGCGCCAAAAAAACAAAAUGUCCAAAAACCAAACCAAACAGUUGCUCGUUCCUGGCUGUAUUGGAAUGGGUAAAAAGGUAAAAUGCCUGUAGUAUAGUGAAUUGAAAGACAUGAAGAUUCGAUUCCUUCCAUUAUUUGCAACCAGCGCGAUCGGAUCAACGCACAAUGGUUGUUAAUUGUUAUAAAAUCUAGAAGUUGAAAAAAAUAAGAAAAAGCAAAACGGAAGAGUCGCCGUUCCAGCCUGUAGAAUUCCUCGGGGGUUUCACUUGAGGACUCGGCAAUAAUUAGCCGCUUUACCGAGGGUGGAAGCCGCUUCGGCACGAAGCAGCCGUCCAGGUGGCAGCCCCAGCGACGCUCAGAUUUUUCCACCCUCGUUUGUUCGCAUUAUUUUACUACUAGUAUAUAUUAUUUUAUUUUAUUUUUGAAAUUUACCGUAUCGUGCUUGUACUGUGCUUCCAUGUGGGUCGCCUAUGUUUGCUUCAGAAUAAAGAAUGAGCGAAGAAAAAUGGACGCGUCACAUGCGCUGCUCGCAUGGUGGGUGGGCCCCACGCAUUAUCAUGCAGCACCGCAUACAUAUGGACCCCGCCCCCUGCCGUCACUAUUUGAAUUGAAUUGAAUUGAGAUUUGGGACGGAAUAAAAAUAUCCUGUUGUCCCGCUCGCUCCCCCUCUAUUUGUUUGUUUGUGUUUAUUUAUACAGCCCAGCUCAUCGAAAUGUCAUAUUUGGGAUACUGCUAUAGCAAGGGGUAGGAGUUGUAAAAGUAAUGGGACAAAAAAGAAUACGAAUUCAUUCGCCUCCCUGCCCUCCAUAUGCAGUCGUCGUCGUAUCUUUGGAAUAAGUAAAUAGCAGCCCCGGAGGCGACUGACUGACUGGCGCAACUGUGUUGCUCGAUCCAUCGAAGCAGACGCAGGCGGCGGAUUCGCGGAGGAGAGAUGAUGAGGGAGCAGAGCCUCCUGGAGGCGACGUGCGGCGACCUCUUCGACCACAUCGACGACCUGCUCGACUUCCCCAAGGAGGACUCGGCCGCCGACGUGCUCCUGCUGGACGCGCCGGCGCCGGGGAGCCCGCUGUCGUCGGCGCGCAUCAUCGACGUCGGCCGCGCCGGCAGUGCGCCCGCUCCCCCCGCGCUGGCGCCGUCGCUUCCCGCGCAGCAAGACACCACCGCCUUCUUCGCCGCCGCGGGGCCCGACGUGUUCGACCCCAGGGACGUCGGCGCUCACCUCGGCUCGUGCGACGACAUUGACAUGGACAUGGACAUGGCGCAGCUGGAGUGGCUGUCGGGGCUCUUCGACGACGCAUCCAUCCCGCACGAGCCGGCGUUCCCCGGCGCGGCGCCCAUCAUCAAGAGCUCCGCGCUGGCGGCCGGCGCGCUGCUGCCGCCGGACAAGAUGGAGGACGCGCUGCUGUUCCGCAGCUCCAGCCCCAUCUCGGUGCUGGAGCACGGCAGCUUCAACAACGCCAACGGCGGUGGCGGCGGCUGCUCCGCGUCGUCGGAGUCGUCCUCGGCGUCCUCGUCCUCGGAGUCUUUCUCCGGCAGCGGGAGCGGGAGCGGCGAAGGCCACGCGUGGUCGGCGCCCGUGUCGCCGCCGCCCGUGCUCGUCAUACCGGCGCGCGCGCGGAGCAAGCGCUCCCGCCCGUCCGCGUUCACGCGCGCCGGGGCGGAGGCGCCCACCAUCCUCGUGCCGACGCCCAUGUACUCGUCCGGGCCGUCCCACUCGGACCCCGAGAGCAUCGCUGAGUCCAGCCCGCACCCGGCGCCGCCCAUGAAGAAAAAGAAGAAGGCCAAGAAGCCGCCGGCGCCGCCCGCGCCCGCCUCUUCCGACGACAACGACGGCGACGCCGACUACGAGGAAGGCGGCGAGCGCGCGGAGCCGCAGGGCGGCGCCGUCAGGAGGUGCACGCACUGCCAGAUCGAGAAGACGCCGCAGUGGCGCGCGGGGCCGCUGGGGCCCAAGACGCUGUGCAACGCCUGUGGCGUGCGCUACAAGUCCGGCCGCCUGUUCCCGGAGUACCGUCCCGCGGCGAGCCCCACCUUCGUGCCGUCCAUCCACUCCAACUCGCACAAGAAGGUGGUGGAGAUGCGCCAGAAGGCUGUCCGGAGCGGUGACCCGUCGUGCGACCUCCUGCAGUUCAUCCGCCGCCGGGAUUGACGUCCCGGCACGGCGUCGCCGGACUGUCGGUCGGUCUCGUCCCCCUUAUAGCUAGCUAUAUAGUAUAUGUAUACAUGCUAGUAUGUAUGCAUGCAUGGUUGCUUCAGCAGUCGUCGGUCGUCGUCGUCGUCGUCCAUCAUGGUCAUCAUCACCACUUCACCGGUCACCGCCAUGGCAUGGAUCCCACCCCUCAUCACAUGCAUUGGUUUCUGUCAACAUCCAUCCAAUCCCAAUCCAUCGCCGGGCAUCCCGGCGCGUUUAGUUCAUUAGGUCUUCUUUCUCAUCGGGGGCUAGUGUUAUUUUACCUUUCUUCUUUUCUGUCUAUUGGUUAAUUGGUUCCCCCUGAAUGUUUUUUUGUUUGUAUAGAGAGAGAAAGAGAGAGGAGGGUGAGAGGAGAGGCAGGAGAAAUAGAUGAAUCAGAGUGGUUGCUGCAUUGCAGUUGCAGUUGCUUGCAGGUUAGGUACUAGGUGAGAAGGAGAGCUAAACCAGCAGCAGAGGGAGACAGAUCUAGAGAGGAAACUUUGCAGCUAGUCAGUCAGUCAGUCAAUCAAUUAGAAGAAAGCAUGGAGAGUGCUUUUAAGCAAAUGAAAGGGGAAUUUGUUGGUUUGCUAAUUAGAAGGGAGGUUAUGCAGGGCAGGUCAGUAGUAGCUAUCAUCGUCCAUGAUGAUUUUAAAACUUAAGAAGAGGGGGACAGCCAUCAUCCAUCAUAGUCUGUACUCUGUAUCCGGAGCUUGGUGUACUGAACUCUGAAACUUCUUUUUGCAGUUCAUCUAUGUUUAGGGAUUUGAUAAGUGUUGUUUGGUUUCUUCUAUACUAGUAGUGCUACCUCUUAGCGAAUAAUUAAUUAUAUAUGCUUUUGCUCUCGUUCU